CCCCCGCACAAUGAUGAGACCGGCACGAGAUUUGAGCUGCUGGAGCUGCCAUUAAAACAAGCCGGCAUGGCCUGAAAAUUACAGGCGUGCUUCGUUUUCCUUUUAGCUGAAUACACAGCAUGACAAUGGCUCCAUUACCAGGAGCUGAAUUAAUUCAGAAGCCUUUACAGUUGUACCGCUACCUGCUUCGAUGCUGUAGACAACUUCCUGAAGAAAAUAUCCGCCAGCAUUACAGACAUGCCAUCAGACAGAGUUUCAAAGUUCAUGAGGAUGAAGACAGUCCUGAAAGAAUCCAGCAAAUUAUAAAAAGAGCUGUUGAAGAUGCUGACUGGGUCAUGAAUAAAUAUAAAAAACAAAAGUAGAAAGAGAAGAAUGCAGAGAAGAUGCUCAUCGCUACAGAUACUAAGAUGCAAAUAAGUCCAGUUUCGGUAAUGGUGCCUGCAAUUUACCUGCACGUAAAAGGUGUGAUAUUCUGCCUUGUCAUGUGAUUUAAUUCCCUUUUUUGAAGCCUUUCAUCCACCAGUUUCACAUAGUUCAGAAACAAGGACAAGAUUUUAGUAUUUAUAAUUGCAAAUCUUGGCUCAAGAUCAAAACUGCCUCAGAGUUUGAGAUGGGGAAAGAGGUUUCAGAUCUGAGCUUUUGGCUUGGUUCAUCCCACUGUAGAAUCAGAAUCUGAAUUAAAAUCCCAACACUGAGGUUGUUCUAGAUUUUAUCUGCUGUGUUUGCUAGCGAUGUUGAAAAUGGUAAUAAUUAAAACUAUUGCAAGUCUUCAUUGAUGUUAUAACUCAGUGACCUGUGAAAGGUUAAUAAAAUGGACACGGACAUUUGUUCCAGGCUGAAGGAAAUGGGUCAAUCUACUGACUAUAUCAAGGAAAUUCAAAGGUUAGUCCUUUAAUUACUUCAAAUAUAUAUAAGCUUGUCAGCACAAACUGAGGAGAAUUCUGUGCCCUCAGUUAUACCCAGGAAUGAGGGAGCUUUAUAUGAAUGUAACAAAGGGCAAAAUAAUGGUCUGUUGUAUCAAAUGAUCUUCCUCUUCCUUUCAACCCAAUUAAAAAGAGAAUGACUGCAGUCUGUAGACCCAGCAAAAUAAGUAGGGGAAGCACUUCUCUACCUUUCUGGAUUGUAAAGCACUUCUAGCUUAUUUGAAUGCAAUUUUUUGAUUGAAUGUAUUUAAAAAAUAACUAGUUUAAGCAGAAAUGUUUCUGCUAAACUGCUUUAAGUGUGAAAAUCAGGAGCCUAUCUUCACAUUUAGAAUUGUUAAACUGACGCUUCCUGCUUAAAUAGUAUCUGGAGGUGGGGAAAAACACACAAAGCCAUGUUAAAAUGUUGCGUAUGCAAGUACUAAAAGGGGAAAUUAAACUGGAUUCUUUAAUGGGGUGCACUUGUAUCAGCCUUAUCCAUAAAUAUUUGCUUUGAGUUUGUAAUGUAGUGGCUAAAAAAAAUUGUUAUGAAAGCUGUGGUAGUGCAUAAAAGUGAAAUGCAAAAUGAGUAAUUUA